AUGACUAUUAAGAACAGAUACCCCUUACCUUGGAUUGAUGAUCUAUUUGAUCAGCUACAAGGAGUGCAGAGUCAUAAGGAACACGAGGAUCACUUGAGGAUGACCUUUAUGGUAUUGAGAGAAAAGAAACUGUAUGCGAAAUUCAAGAAGUGUAAAUUUUGGUUACAAGAGAUCGCAUUCCUAGGACAAGUGGUGUUAGGAAAAGGAAUUUCAGUGGAUCCAGCAAAGAUUGAAGCAUUGGUGAAAUGGGCUAAGCCUAGUAAUGUAAAUGAGGUACAAAGUUUCUUAGGUCUUGCUGAUUACUACAGAAGAUUUAUAAAAUGGUGUUCAAGUAUUGCAGCAGUGAUGACAAAGUUGACAAAGAAGAACGAGAAGUUUUUAUGGACAAAUGAGUAUGAGAAGAGCUUUCAAGAAUUGAAGAAAAGACUAGUGACUGCACCAGUACUUACAGUUCCCUUAGGAGAUGGAGGAUUUGUCAUAUAUAGUGAUGCUUCACUUAAGGGAUUGGGUUGUGUUUUAAUGCAACACGAGAAAGUCAUUGCAUAUGCCUCUCAACAACUGAAAAAUUAUGAGCAGAGUUACCCGACCUAUGAUUUGGAACUUGCAGCAGUGGUUUUUGCUUUGAAGAUAUGGAGACAUUAUCUUUAUGGAAAAAGUGUGAGAUUUAUAAUGAUCAUAAAAGCCUGA